AUGGAAACGCUAGCCACCACCGCCGGCGCCGGCUCUUUGCCGAUUUUCUCACCCAACAAGGCCAAGCUCGCUCCUUCCUGGCGGAUCGUCCGAUUCCCCACUUCCCCCAAAAGUAACAGCGCCGAUGACCGGAAUAACAGUGAGAACGAUCUCAAGUCCGAUCCUGCUAACUCAGCCCUCGUCCCCCACACUCUCUCCAAGGAUGCUGCGAUGGGGCUGGUUCUUAGUGCGGCAAACGUGAGAGGAUGGAAAACCGGGUCGGGUAUGGAAGGCCCGACGGUCCCAGCGGGUACGGAUUCUGAAUCCGGCACGGCGCAGGUGUCUACUUUCCCCUUGUCGCUCGGAUGCGCGUCACGUGCAACGUUUGCGGCCAGCGCACCACUCGGGCCAUCAACCCACAUGCUUAUACCGAUGGCACUGUAUUUGUUCAGUGUUGCGGUUGCAAUAUAUUUCAUAAGCUGGUGGACAAUCUGA